AUGGAUAUGAACAUGGCAACUAGCACAGCCAUGGCGAUAGCAACAUCGACUAGUGCUGCCUCCGGCGACAUGUCGAGCAUGUCGAUGUCAAUGUCUGAAAUGGCUAUGACAUUCUUUGAAGCCUUCCAAACACCGCUAUACUCGGACGCAUGGACACCGACAAGUCCCGGUCAAUAUGCGGGCACCUGCAUCUUUCUUAUCGUGCUGGGCUCGAUCUUACGCCUCCUACUCGCUCUGAAGCCCGUACUCGAAGACCGAUUCUGGAGAAACUACCCCGUCUACGAAUCGGACAAGCAAGCCUUGACAAGUCACCAUGCAGAGAGUGUUGAGCCAGGACAGGCCGGCUCGGUGAUCCGAAAAGAUAUUGUGGGACGGUGGAAAGGGUGGCGGGCUGGUGCUGCUGCUGCAAGGGCAACUUACGAGGUCAUUGUGGGAGGGAUCGGAUAUCUCCUGAUGCUUGCGGUCAUGACGAUGAACGUUGGCUACUUUCUCUCCGUGCUCAGUGGUGUUUGGCUCGGAACAUUCCUGCUCGGCGGACUUGCUGGCGGUAGUCCGGCAAUCCACUGCUAG